AUGGCUAAAGCCGGACAGAAGCCGGACCCACGGCAACACUAUUAUGAUCGACAUCUCACGAACCUCAAAAAAUUUCAUGAUCGAACGAAGGAUCAUGGGAUACUCAAUAGUAUCCUGACGGAACUCAACAACAAUGGCAGGUUGCAUGCAAAGGCAGGCUCCUUCCCACCGCUUGUUCGAGUGUGGAGGGGCAACCUGAUAGAUACAAAACGUACUAAGACCAACUCAUCACAUGCUACAACAAAAAUUCAAACCCAGCCCAACCUUAAUUCCCCUCACACUCUCACCAGCGGCUGGAAGAAAACAAUUGUCAAUAUCGUCAGCCACCAUGUAUAA